UCUCCAGACGUGCACGCAUGAGUGUGGAGCGCGCGCGCGCGUGUGUGUGUGUGUAUGUGAGAGAGAGAGAGAGAGAGAUGUGUUGGGGUUGGGGGACUGCAGGUCAGGAAGUCCUGCAGAUGUGCGUGCCUGUGUGUGUGUGCGUGUGUGUGUCUGUGUGUGUGCCUGGAGCUGCGCUUGCAGGUCUGAGAGUCCUCCAAGAAUGGGUUGGGGGAGGCGGGUGCAGGACCGAGGCCUGGAACAGCCAACAAAGAGGCCCUGGAGGAGGGUGGGGCUGGCCGAGGACUGGAGGGGUGGUCAAGGAAGUCGCAAGAAAACUCCGGCCCCCAAGAAAGAGAGAGGACAUGGGGUGCGGAGCUGACAUCACGGCCGGGGUCUUUGCUGUUUAGACGCCUGGGUUCCCGGAUUCCAGACACGCGCGCACGGGCAGGAAGUUAGACCAGAGACAGCGAGUAUAGACAGCCCUUGUGGAUAGGGGCAGACGGGUGGGAGCUACGAAUGGGUGCUGCGGCGGUGAUCGUGAGGCCUCCAGCGGCCCGAACCAGGAUGAGGGAGAAGGCGGAGUCUGCGGAGGCCCCAGACCCAGGCGCGGGGGGGUCGGACCCAGCAUCCCCCGCCGCUGGGGUCCGAGGGGGAGGGGCGGGCCGGAGGAGCGGGUGGGGGCGGGGCGGGGCGGGGCGGCGGGGGAUGCGCCCCUGCGCUAGGCAGUGUCGCCUACCCUCCUUCCGCACAGCCCGGGUUUCCGCUUCCCUCCGGGCGUGAGAAGAGGGGUGCCAGGCCGAGCCCCGGCCGUGCCGCCGCCGCUGCCAUGUGGCCCCCAGACCCCGACCCCGACCCGGACCCCGAGCCCGCCGGCGGCUCCCGUCCCGGCCCCGCUGUCCCCGGGCUCCGCGCCCUGCUGCCGGCGCGCGCUUUCCUCUGCUCUCUCAAAGGCCGCCUCCUGCUGGCGGAGUCGGGUCUCUCGUUCAUCACUUUUAUCUGCUAUGUGGCAUCCUCAGCAUCUGCCUUCCUCACAGCACCUCUACUGGAGUUCCUGCUGGCCUUGUUCUUCCUCUUUGCUGAUGCCAUGCAGCUGAAUGACAAGUGGCAGGGCUUGUGCUGGCCCAUGAUGGACUUCCUGCGCUGUGUCACCGCAGCCCUCAUCUACUUUGCCAUCUCCAUCACGGCCGUCGCCAAGUACUCGGAUGGGGCUUCCAAAGCCGCUGGGGUGUUUGGCUUCUUUGCUACCAUCGUGUUUGCAAUUGAUUUCUACCUGAUCUUUAACGACGUGGCCAAAUUCCUCAAACAAGGGGACUCUGCAGAUGAGACCACAGCCCACAAGACAGAAGAAGAGAAUUCCGACUCGGACUCUGACUGAAGGCCUGGCGGGUGCCCUGGCAACCUGAGCCACACAGGCCUCCACUCCUGCGCCUCACAGGGGACGCUGGUGUUGGAGGGGAAGCCUGGACUUCUGAGUUGCAGAGGGGGCUGCGGACACAGCAGGCCCCCCACAGCUUCAGGUUCUGCCUGAGCCCAGCCUACCAGGCUUGCCCCUCAGCUCAGCACUGUUGACCAUGCUGCGUGUGAGGGCAUCUUGGGUGUCCCACCCCUUCUCCCCAUUUCUGUCCCACAGGCCUUCAGCCCUUUAACCUCUCUGCCAAAAACCAGCACAAGGAGACAAAGCAGAGCCUUGUCUCCACCUGGGCAGCAGGCGUUCCAUGCUGCUAGGUGGUGGGGGUUGGGGGUCUUCUGUUUCACUAACAGGAACAAAGACAGAAACCGUGACAGGGCUGCCCCGCCAGGCCCCGCUGGGUUUGUCUGCACUUGGUGCUCCUGCCCACGCCAGGCACUUUGGUGACAAUGACCCUUCCAAGAAUCUUUGGUUCAAGGAGCACUAGUUCCCUCUUCAUUCCUGAAGCAGGGAGAAACUGACCUUUGCCUUGUCGCUCAGGAGAGUGGGGCUCGGCACCCAUAACCGACACCUCCCACCCUUGGAAACCAUGUUUUCUGAGGGUGAGAUGACCAUUCUGGGUCUAAGACUGUUUCAAAGAAGAGCUCAUAGACUGAACUGGUCCAGAAGACAGAGGUUACAACAGUGACGUCACAGUGACAGUGUCACGGGGAGCUGGGCGGGCCCAGCCAAACCCUUCUUAUUCCUAGAGCCCAGGCAGCAGGCAGGAGUUCCUGGACCCUCAGGACAGUGAACUUCCAGACCCCAGGGCAGGUCUAUGGGCCACUGCGGGAGAUGAGACUAGCCUUCUGUGUUCACCUAACGACUUAUACUGUGUAUCUGUCUUUGAUGGAAUUUUGUAACUUUUUAUAUAUUUUUUUUAUACAAAAGCAGCUUCUUAACAGAUGGCAUUUUCUGUGACUCUAGGCCUCACAAAAGAGCCAGAGUUCUGGACCCAUGUUUGGAGCAUCUGUAGCCUUAUUCUCUUGCAUGUGAAUCUCUUACCCUGAAAAAAAGCCAUAAUGAAUUAAGCCAGACUGACCACUUGCUUGGAGUGUGUGUUUGAAAAAACUGGAGCAAUACUGUUGGGUAUCAUGUCAGGCUUCAGUACAAGCUGGUAACGCCAGUGUGGAUCCUGUCAGCUUUCAGUUUUAGCAAAAAUAUACAUGAAAUCUGA